AUGGCUAAUCAAGCAGCUGUUGCAGCAUUCUUCUUUUUCGUUUUCGCCGUCUUCUCCAACUUCAAGCUCUCGGCUUCUUCUCUUGUCCGCGGCAAGGUCUCAUGCCUUGACUGCCAGACUGAUUUCGACUUUUCAGGCAUUAAGGUUCUCUUAAAGUGUGACGGAGAGAAGAAACCGGUGACCGCCAUGGCGGCUUCAGACGGAUCUUUCCGGUCAGCGCUUCCUAUCACCAACGAAAAAGGCUCCAUGAACUGUCUUGCAAAGCUCUUGGGAGGUCCUGAUCAACUCUAUGCUCACAAACACAAUCUGGUCUCAGAAUUGGUCAAGUCCAAACGAGAUUCUAAAGUUUUUACUACCUCAAACCCACUCUCAUUCUCUCUAUCAUGUCCCAAACCAACUCGAGAUAACGCCGGAGAAAUGAUUGGAGAUUCGAAGACUAUUAAUUUUCCAGGGACAGGAGGUUUUGGAUUCCCACCUGCUAGCUUCUUUCCCUUCAUACCAAUCAUUGGAAUCCCAUGA